AUGACCGCACCUCAGAAGUUGGAAACACUCUUAUGUGGUGCAAAAACGAGGGCUUUGGAGAAUGCAGUGUGGAAGCAGGACAAAUGCAAGCGACAGACAUCGCCAGCCGAGCAAGGUGCAAGAGGCUUGGCCACAAAGAAGAGAGCUCCCAGCACCAAAGUAUCCAAAACGCCUCAUAAACAGAGUCUGGGGCAGAAACCUUUGACACUGAAGUGUCAGCGCAUUGAAUCUGAGUCGGAGGCCAGUGACCAUGAUAGCUUUAGUGAAGGAGAUAAGAAAGAACAUGAGCAGAGUGAUGUUGACUCGGAUGAUGCUCAGCACAAUGUCCAUGAUGCAGGUGCUGACAGUGACCAUGACAGUGACAGUGACGCCGCAGGUCUCAAUGACUCAGAAGAUGAUGAUUUAGAUGCGGCUGCGAGGAUGCUUUCAGAUGAGGAAAUGAGCGACAGAGGCAAAGUCAAACUUCUCGAUCAGAAUCUACAGACUCGCCAGGUCAUUCAAGCUGCUAUCUCUGAAGUCAAGUGCCAUGUGAUGUUUGUCCAUGGGUACCCCGAAUUAGUCGAAAAGAACCAGCUCUCAAUGCAAACUUUGUUAGCCAUGGCUGAGAAACGUGGUGUGGACACAAUCAAAGAACAUCUUCAAGUAGAUGAGCUGUAUGCUUUACAGCUCGGUGCCUUGGUGGAUGCACGCAUCCCAAUAAUGCGCCACAAACUGAAAGACGACGCUUGCACAAACAUUGAUGGCUACUUCCGCCUUGGGCACAAGGACUUCGCAAAGGCGAAAACAUUGACGGAAAAGCUAGUUUACAUCUAUGCUAUGAAGUUCGAUGUCAACAAUAAUGCCACACCCGUCAGGAACAGGCCCUACCAGGGUGAAAUCCUCAUAUUGUUGAUAUCUAACCAGCUCUUUCAUAGCUCAAGGGCCAUUGGCAUGAAAUUCGCAUCACGCUUUGUCGAAAUUGCCAAGAACAAGUCGAAGCGUCCCGAAAUUCCGAUACCCUUCCUCGCACUGGUGGCAACAGCGGUAGUUUAUUCCGCUCUUUUAUGGAAGUCACUUGGUUCUCCAGGGAAGUUCAACUUCUCUGGAAACCAAUUCAGCGAAGUUUACAGCUACCAUGUCAAGUCCCUCGAACAGCUGAAGCACGAUGCACCUGGAAAGUUCCAUUAUAUGAUGGCAGAUAUUUACGAGGCUGCACAUAAGUUGAAACGCAAUGGUGCUACUGGGGAUCACAUCGAGCUGAACACCUUUGAACUGCUUGACCUUGAGGGUAUGGAGGAAGACUAG